UAUACGAGAAGGGAGAGAUCAGUUGAGGAUAAAAAGGAUGGAAAGUCCAAAAGUAUUUCAUAUCCAUCAUCAAUCAUCAACUCUCUUCUCUCUUCUUUGCUCAAUACUCUAAAGUCCUUUAAUUUUUCAUUGUCCGGUACAACACCCACCACAUAAUCAAAAUGCCUGUCACAGAACGUCUCAUUCUCCCAGUCCAGAGCGGAGCAGACUGGAAAGAGCCUCUCAAGUUCCUCCUCCAGACCCUCAAGAAGCAAGAAGGCAACAUCCGCACAAGAUGGGGUCCCCACAGCGAGAACGUUGACAACCUCGAGCUCCUGAUCGGCUGGGAAUCCGAGGCUGCGCAACAAACUUUCCAGAACUCAUCAGACUUUGGCACCGUCAUGUCACAGCUCAAGCCCAUCCUCCGCGAGGAGCCCACCGUCUACUUCGUGCAAUUCGUACCCUAUGCACCCAAGGAAGUCAUCGAUGCCUCCAUCGUGCAGGUGAUCACCGUCCCUGCCUCCCAAGAAAGCGCCAUCAAAUCCACGAUUGAAUCUUACAAGUCCGUGUCCGGCUGCACCGGCGCCUCAUCCGGCCUCUCCCUCGCAGAAGUUAAGGGCAAAGGAGCCAAGGUCUGCGUUGCAGUUGUCGGCUGGGAGUCUCUCGAGCACAGCCAAACCAACGCCACGAAGGUGGACGUAGGAAGCGACGUCGAGGUCCACCACGUCAACUUCCGCUACCCCGUCAAGGGCUUCCGCGGUCUGUAGAUCUUCGGCCUUAUCUCUUCAUGCCGUUCGGUUUGGCCGAGCAUAGGGGAGCCGGCAGGCAAGGGGUGAUACACAGGGGGGGAAACAAGGAGUGGUCACUGGUUGGCCAAAACAAACAUGCAUAUAUAUAUAGAAUGGAAAAAGGUUACCUUGCAGCACAACAAACCGGUAGAGAUGAAUGGUU